GAUGGAGACUCUGGGAGCGCUGGGAGCUCAGUGCCGCUGGGCCGCCUGCAACAUCUACUCCACCCUCAACGAGGUGGCCGCUGCCCUGGCUGAGAGCGGAUUCCCCGUGUUUGCCUGGAAGGGCGAAUCCGAGGACGAUUUCUGGUGGUGCAUCGACCGCUGCGUCAACGUGGAGGGCUGGCAGCCCAACAUGGUGAGUUGGGAAAACGCCUGGAAAAUUCCCACCUGGAGAGGAGGAAAAGGAGGGAAGGGCAGCUAAAAAAUCUCCUGGAUCUCACCAAGCGAGGUUUUGUUUCGCUGCUUCCAAAACCAGCUGCCUUUCAUGCAGUUUUUUGGGCUGUUUAUUUCGAUUUCAGAGUGUCUUGCUGCAGUUCAAACUGCUAAAAAUGGCUCCAAAACAGUGUUUUUUGAGAAGAGUUUUUCACCCUUAAAUUCUCACCUUUGCUUGAGGUGAUUUUUGAGAACAAAGCCCAGAUUUUUCCCUGAUUUCAACACUUUAAACCACACAAACCUCAGGUACCUCAACUCCCUUUUUAUCCUGCCCUUGU